AAUGAGCCUUGGGAUGAUGUUAAUAGUGAGAGUAAUGAAUUUGUUGAAGCUCCUUCUGAGGACGAUGUGUGUUGACGAGGAGGCUCUAGCUAAUGACAUGACCUUAGGAAACACUCCAACAAUCGUUGCCCCUACACCCUAUGCACUGGUUCCCCCUCUAGAUGAACACAUUGAGGACAACUCUUGGAGGUCUUGGGAUUGUGAUACAAGCUACACCGACGAAGGAGAGUUUCAAAAGGGUAUGAUGUUUGAUAACAAAGAUGCGUUGUUGGACGCUGUUAGAUUGUAUCAUAUUCGUAGGAACGUUGAGUUCCGUACUGAGACUUCAAAUCAAACCGUGGUAGUCUUGAAGUGUAAGAGAGGGUGUGGUUGGAGGCUUAGGGCUAGGAAGAGCUCCUAUUCACCAUCAUGGGAGAUUAUUACGUAUAAAGGGAAGCAUGGGGGUUGUGUAUUAAGUACUGAAAACGUGUCAGCUGGGCACAUUCAUUUGACAUCUUCCGUGAUUAACAAUCUUAUUAGAAAUUGUGUUGCUCAAGACCCAUCAAUUAAGGUCUCUGUUGUGCGUCAAAUGGUGAAAGACCAAUUCGGUGUCGAAGUGACCUAUAAGCGGGCAUGGUGUGCUAAACAGCAAGCCCUUCUGUCCAUCUAUGGUACAUGGGAAGAUUCUUAUCCUCUUCUUCCACGCUUCUUGAAGGCACUGCAAAUUUCAAACCCCGAGACCGUAGUUGAGUGGUUCUUUAAGAAAGAUAAUGAUGUCGGUGUGCACAAGGCAUUGCAUCAGUCAUCAGCUCCUCCCAAGAGGAGCCCGUACGGGAGAUUGCCCAAGGCAUACUCCUAGGCACGCAAUUUCAACACUUCAUUCUGGAAGUGACUGCGCCCCACACCACUGCGUACGAGUACGAGUCAUCUCCUCGUAACCCCGACGUUCAUCUUGAGGAGGUUGACUUAACGUGCCCGGACUACGGUGUCGGGUCCUCACAGGGUGUCACAUCAUCACAUUUUCAAUCACCUCCCCUACCCGAGCAUCAUGCGACGGCCUCUUUGUAACACCCCGAGAUUUUAAUGAAGUAAUUAUUUAAUAUUUAAUAUUUCAGCCACCAGCAGGUACAGUAGCCGCAAGAGGUGGUUCCUCCACCAUUUUCGUGCUCCACACCACUACAAAAACCACUUAUACCCUCACCCAUUUCUAGUUCCCCUUGUGCCCGGUUCAUAAGAGGGGCGUAAGAACCCCUUCGAAGCGAUUUUUGUGGCUUGUCAUCUUGCAGUGCAGCAGGGGCGUCGUAGAUAGGUCUUGCAGGUUUUGGAGUUUCCUUGCAUUGCAUAUGGGGGGGGGGGGGGGAUCGAGUGAGAACCUUGACGCGUGCCCUGUUCGAACCAUUUUUGACGCUACAUGUGAUUUCGAAUUGAAAGUGUGUAUGUUUUGGUUGAGGCAUGAGUCCUCCUUUUGAUGUAAUUCGUUCCGCUGCAAAGAUUUAUAUCGUUUUAUAUUUUGUUAUAGUAUCUUGAAUGGCUUGUACAGUGGAUUAUCUUUUUGCUUGGAAAACCCAAGUGUUUACAUGGGAACCACGAUCCAUGCUUAGCAUGUCGACAGAGGUUUUCGCGAUGACCUUUCCGCCGUGAUUCUGUUACGAGGCCAUUGAUGCCUCUUCAUUAUGAUGAUUUAUCGUUUGUCUAAAUCUUCGGCGCGUCAAAUUUCAAGGCAGAUGCUGCCGAAAUUUCCGUAGGAUUUUGUUUGGAAGUUUUCAAACGUCAUCUCUUUCUUUUUCCUAUUUAAAUAAGUAUUUAUUUCUACAAGUGACACCCUUGAAGGGUCUGAAAUUCAGGGGUGUUACAGGUGGUAUCAGAGCCAGUGGUUCCUAUCUUUCCCAAACGCUUCGUGUUUUCUCUAGUACUUAUUCCUGUUUUGUUUUCGAAGUUAAACUGCUUUGUGAGUAUGGGUAGACAUGGGUUAGGUGCAUUUAUAUAUGCCUGCAUUUUGAGUAUUAUUGCACAUGAAUUUGCACGCUUAGGCUUACGAUCCUUGCAAUGAUUGGAAUGAAUCUUUGUAAUGAAUUUGUGGUGACUUAACAGAUGACGUUUUAUUAAUUGAAAUUUUAAGCAUGAAUUAUGUUUGUAGGAGCAAAUGUUGCAAGUUAGGGGUGUUACACUCUUACUAUCGUAGGAGGCAUCGUAAACCGUCACAGUUAGACAGGGUACAGGAGGAGGAUUAGCAUUAGAAUAACGUUUGUAUAUAUUGAACAUUUGUACAUACUCAAUAUUUGUAACAUUUGGUCUUUUGUGUGUAAAUUGUAACAUAUAUGUUGAUGUAUAUAUUUUAUCGUAUUAUCACACGUUUAUUAUGAAUGAAAUGAUGUUAAGUAUUCAGACUUUUCGGCGAUGAAUCAUUCCGCCAAGAAUGCAGUAUGAAUUUAAUCAAAAACAAACAGACAAUCAUAU